CUCCGGGCUGGUGACCAGGCCUGAGCAAUCGGAGGUCGAGCGCCGAGCGGGGCAGGGCGGGGACCGAGCGCGGACCUGGCUUGCUUCCCGCGGCGCACCUGCUUUGGCCGUACCCUGCCUCCCCUGACCUCCGCGGAACCUGACGAGCCUCCGAACCUUCCACAAAAGUGUGUCCUUGCCCUGUCGUGCGUGCUCUACCGGGGUCUCCAACUCCUCCUAAAGUCUCGAAGCCUUCUCCCCGCGGUGUCCAAGCCCUCCUCCCAGGGUCUCCCACCCUCUCCAGUGGGAUUUCCAACGCUCCUCUCCCUGGGCCCAUACCACACCUGAGUGCACUGGGUCCUGUUGGUGCUUAGUAUCUGAGGCCUGCUGUUUAGUUUACAACAUUCAGUUUCCCGUCCAGUGGGCAAGAAGUAAGAUCUUAACCAGUCCUGUCAAGAUACCUAAGAUUCUGAAUGAGUGGAAUUAACAGUGAGGUUCAUUCAUAAGGAUUAAGUGUGAAGAAGGUUUUGCAGCAACUUACUUUGGUAAACAACUCUGAAUGUGUCUGAAUCAGGAAGAAGUGCCCAGAAAAGAGAUUUUUUAGUUAUAUGACUUCUCAAAAAAUAGUGAGAUGUCGGAUUCCUCACCAUUUAAGAUGCGACUAGUUCAUCUGGACCUGAAAGGAGCCCCACCAAAGGUCUGCUACCUCUCGGAGAUUUUCCCCCUGUUCCGUGCCCUGGGUGCAAAUGGCAUUCUCAUUGAGUAUGAAGACAUGUUUCCCUACGAGGGCCACCUGAGGCUGCUGAGGGCCAAGCAUGCAUACAGCCCUUCGGAAAUCAAAGAGAUCCUGCACCUGGCCACACUGAAUGAGCUGGAGGUCAUUCCCUUGGUGCAGACAUUUGGGCACAUGGAGUUUGUGCUGAAGCAUGAGGCUCUCACUCACCUCCGGGAAGUGGCACGUUUCCCCAACACCCUGAACCCCCACAAAGAGGAGUCCGUGGCACUGGUCAGAGCCAUGAUCGACCAGGUGAUGGAGCUGCACCCGGGCGCCCGGUGGUUCCACGUCGGCUGCGAUGAGGUCUACUACCUUGGAGAGGGUGAGACCUCAAGACAGUGGUUGCAGCAGGAGCCCAACAGCAAAGCAAAGCUGUGUCUGUCCCACAUGGAGGCGGUGGCCAGCCACGUGCGGGCCCGGUACCCCACUACAACGCCCCUGAUGUGGGAUGACAUGCUGCGGGACAUCCCAGAGGACCAGCUCUCAGGGUCAAGGGUGCCGCAGCUGGUGGAGCCUGUGCUUUGGGACUAUGGGGCCGACCUGGACCUCCACGGGAAAGCGCUCCUUGUGGAGAAGUACCAGAAGAGCGGCUUCUCCUGGCUCUGGGCCGCCAGCGCCUUCAAGGGGGCCACAGGAGUGAACCAGAGCCUGACCCCUAUUGAGCACCACCUCAGAAACCACCUGCAGUGGCUGCAGGUGGCGGGCAGUGUGCCAGCGGACACGCUGCGGGGCAUCAUCCUGACUGGCUGGCAGAGGUAUGACCACUUCUCUGUGCUGUGCGAGCUGCUGCCCGUGGGAAUCCCGUCCCUGGCCGUCUGUCUGCAGGCACUGCUGCACGGAGACUUUGCUGAAAAUGUCAAAGCAAGAGUGGAGAACUUUCUUGGGAUUUCGAGCCUAGAGGAAAUGAGUUUUAGGAGUGAGGGCGCCGGCUCCUUCCCUGGCAGCGACAUUCUGGCCCUCGUCACACAAGUCAGCCUCCACCUGUGCAGCUCCGUGGACGCGCUGCUGGAGAGGGACAGGUAUGUGACCGGCUGGUUCAGCCCCUACCAUCGCAGGAGGAAGCUCAUCCACCCCGUCAUGAUCGAGCACAUCCAGCCCCAGGCACUCAGUCUCCUGGCCAGGUGGAACGCCCUCGCAGGGGAGCUGGCGGCUGCCCUGCAGCGCGUCUUCUACCCGGACACGGUGGAGGAGUGGCUGGAGGAGAACAUGCACCCCAGCCUGCGGCGGCUGCAGGCUCUUCUACAGGACCUGGGUGAAGCGGCCAGCCCCAGGCAGGACUCAGGUCAGGACCCCUGAGGGGAGAGGCCAAGCACAGGCUUUCAGCAGCCCUGCACCCCUGUCUAGCUGCACCCAGCCCCAAGUGCCACUCCUGAGUCCUGGACAGCCGUGCCAGUGGGCAGCACUCAGAGUAAAUAUGGAAGGAAAAGGCCUUCUGGGCCUAUGCAGUGAUCAGCAUUAGAACUUUCUUUUGAAAUAAAAGAGAGUGGAAUCCAGAAAUCA